GGCUAGCACGUGAACAGUGGCUGAUUCCAGGGCUACAUAAAAGUAGCUGAGAUAACCGAUAUUGUUUAGACACGAGCUUACAACGAAGGAGUUAAGACGCUUAAAAUUAUCGAGACUAUUAUACAGUGCUUUCUUACUUGGAUUAAUUUGGCAAGGAAGGAUUAGAAAAUGACUAAAGCAGAGCUGAAUCAAAACGAGCUCCAGGCUCUUAGGAGACUAGCUGGUGAGCCCAUUAUUCAAUCACAAGACAUCCAGAGCUCUUCCUUAUUGUCUUCUCACAUUGGCGAGGCAGUGUCCUCUAUGCCACUUCCUGAUACACCAAGUGAAGGUGUAGUUGUCAAGGUUGCCUAUGCUGGUGCUUGCUAUGUUGAAGGUAAAAACAGAAGCAAAAGAUUCAUUCCUCAGUUUCCUGGCAAUGAAGUCGCAGGCACAAUACAUGAUAUUGGAUUAAACUUGCCUAACUGCAACUACACCAUUGGAGACAAAGUCAUCAUCUUCCCUGAUGCUGAUAAGGUGAACAGUGGCUAUGCAGAGUACAUUCCCAUUGAGGACACAACCAAAGUAAUUCAGAUUCCCAACAAAGUUCCCCUUGAAGUGGCAGCCAUGCUACCUGGUGGAGCCCUUGCAGCUUACGCUGCUGUGAACAGUGCUAAGCCACAUGUGGAAAAGCUGCGUAAAGUCAAAUCAUGUGUGAAUGUUUUGGUUGUUGGUGCUGGCAGCCUGGGGCUGUGGACUGUCAAGCUUGCCAAAUAUUUAAUUGGUCGUGAGUGCAACAACGUUAGGGUCUUUGUUGCGGACAACAGCAUUGAUAAAUUGCUGACUGCACAAGAACAUGGCUGCUAUGACAUCAUUCAUUGGAAUGAAGAGGAUCAUGAACAGUACAUCAUUGAACGCACCUUGGAUGCUUGCAGGGGUGGUGUGGAUGUCAUCAUUGAUUAUAUUGGAUCCAACAGGAGCAUGCAGAGGUCACUCAAAGUUUUAAACAGAGAGGGCUUGAUCUUAGUCAGCGGUAACUCCACAUGUGAAACAAGCAUUUCCCUGAACACACUCGCAGCCAAACAGCAGAGUAUUGUUGGCAUCCCACAAGGCAAUCUGAAUCAACUCAUUGAACUUCUUAAUGCUAUUGCAGAAGAUCAGUUGGAAGUCCCAGAGUACAAAGUUUUCCCUGUUGAAGACGCCAACCAAGUUUUUGAAGACCUUUGUGAAAAUCGUCUGACUGGGAGGGCUAUUUUCAAAUUUGGCUCACAGUCCAGCACACAUGUAGUGGACAAUCAUUGAAUUGUUCCACUUUGAAACUGUUUUUGUCUUAAACAUUGUUUAGAAAACAUCAUCCACAGAAAGACAUCAUCUAGAACAAACUACAAGAUAUCACACUUUGCUUUUUGCUAUUUACAAUGAAAGCCAUCUGUUGAGCCCAACCCCAGAUAUAGUCUUUAAAGGGCUCUAAACCAAGGAUUACAUUGGAGCUGCACUUUUUUACUCAUGAGUAUGCAUGAUCUGAUUAAGAGAGGGGGAAAAUAUCUAACGCAACAACCCACCUCUCAACUCCAUUGUCCUACAUGUGCAUAUAUUUCUGUUUCAUGAACCUGUUGCUGUGGAUGUACAUAUCCAACAUUAAGCUUAACACAUUCAACUUUCAUGUACUAUAGGCUAUGUUAGAAAGACCUUGUUGCAGGAACGUUUAAGGCCAGACGAGUCAUACAUGCUAAAUGACUGUUAAAUGGCUACGCAGGGAUUUAAUUAAAGAUUUAAAGAUCAUUUUUUUAUAAUGAGCUUUUAUCAAAAGAAUUUUUUUAAACUAGACCAUGCUAGAAAUAUUUUUUUUAAAUUAAGUUAAUUAAAAAAAAACUAAUGUUUAAGCAGUCCUCAUUAUGUAUUUGAUGUAAAUUUAAUUUCAAAAAACAAUUGUACCAGAAAAUAGUAAUUGCUUAGAUUUCACUUUCUAGACGUGAGGAAUCUGUGAUAUAUUUUUUUUAGUUAAUAAAUGAAAUAUAUUGUUUUGCCCUGUUGCAUCUGAUAUGCAAGUGGAAUUUUUAAAAUGGCAUUUUUGAACUUAUGUAUUUGUAAUUUUUUCCAUUUUUGUAAAACCAAGACAAAAAGUGUUCAAGUGUAGUGAGGUGUGUGUGUGUUUGUUAUGAUUCAUUGUUUUAGUUGGACAUGUUACAUUGACUAAUGUAGUUGAUUUAUUCUAGGUGCUAUGUUGAGUUUUGAUAUCACACUGGAUUUGUGAAUGAAUUAUUGAUUUUCAUAUUUGAAAAGAAAGAAAAAAAAAUAAUCUUCAAUAAAAAAAAAAACAACAAA